AUGAGCCUGAACGUCCCAGGAGUGGUGGUGAUGGUGUUCUUCUACCUGCUGGUGCUGGGGACCGGCAUCUGGGCCUCCAUGAAGUCCAAGCAGGUGAAGACGAGCAGCCAGGCAGACCAGACAGAGGUCAGUCUGCUAGGCAACAGAGGGAUCAGCCUUGCCGUGGGAGUCUUCACCAUGACAGCUACAUUUGUUGGAGGGGGCUUCAUUGUUGGUCUGGCCGAGGCGGUGUACACUCCAACCAUGGGACUGACCUGGGCUGUCAUUCCAGUAACAGCUGCUACGUCUUUCAUCAUUGGUGGGCUCUUCUUCGCCAAGACAAUGAGAGACAGAAAAUAUGUGACGAUGAUGGACCCCUUCCAGAUCAAGUAUGGAAAUCUGAUAAGUGGUGUUCUGUCUGUGGCGCUGCUGAUAUCUGACAUAAUCUGGGUUACAGGAACUCUUAUUGGUUUAGGUGCAACUAUGAGUGUGAUCCUGGAUCUGCCCUACACUCUUUGUAUUUGGAUCUCUGCUGCUGUAGCCAUCGUCUACACGCUGAUGGGAGGCCUCUACUCUGUGGCCUACACAGACAUCAUACAGCUGACCCUCAUAUUCGUUAGUUUGUGGUUAUGUGUCCCCUUCAUCCUGACGAACCCCCAUUCAGCUGACAUCACCAAGACCGCUUUCAACUUCACCUACCAGGCCCCCUGGAUCGGAUCAAUAGAUGGAGACACAGCGUGGAGGUGGAUUGAUAAUUUCUUAAUAUUGUCUCUAGGUAACCUGGGAUAUCAAAGCUUCCACCAGAGGACCCUGUCAGCUUCUUCGUCAGCCACUGCCAGGAUCACCUGCUUUAUUGCAGCUGCCCUCGUCCUCAUACUUGGAGUCCCAUCGAUUUUGAUCGGCGCAGUAGCGGCAUCAACAGAUUGGAACAUGACCACAUAUGAAUCCCCGUCCCCGUACGAGCGAGGUGAAGCCAGUCAGAUUCUGCCCAUUGCUCUGCAGUAUCUCACGCCAAACUACAUCUCCAUCAUUGGUAUCGGAGCAAUAGCUGCUGCGGUGAUGUCAUCUACGGACUCUGCUUUAUUGUCCUCCGCCUCCAUCUUCACAUCCAACAUCUAUAAGAAUAUCCUGAGGACCAAGGCAUCAGAUCGAGAGCUCCAGUGGGUGAUCCGAGUCACCGUGGUGUUGGUGGGCUUGGCUGGCACAUCACUCACCUUCUUACAGAACAGCGUCAUGGUUUUAUGGAUCCUGGGCUCAGACAUAACCUACACCAUCAUGUUCCCCCAACUCCUCUGCGUCCUCUUCUGUAACAUCUCCAAUGGCUACGGCUCCAUCAUGGGCUUGUUGGUUGGAGUGCUGAUGAGAGUGCUGAGUGGAGAGCCAUUGAUAGGGUUGCCAGUCAUGCUCCACUUCCCAGGAUGCACUCUUGAGGAUGGCGUUUAUAUCCAGCACUCUCCUGUAAGGACAAUCUGCAUGUUGUCCACUAUCUUUGUCACUCUGUUGUUGUCCUAUCUGGCUUCACUGCUUUUCAAUAAAGGAGUGAUUCCUGAGAGGUGGGAUGUAUUUAAAGUGAAAAUCCAAACACCGUCAGCCCUUCAAGUUUUAGGGAACCAUGGGACCGCCGAAAGAGACGAAAAGGAGACAGCCAAAGUUCAAAAUGAGAUGGAAUUAAUGUUGGCGACAAAUCUGCAGGACUGACAAAGAAAUGGUUUUAUGGGACAUCUUUUGGGGCUAUAUUACCAUGUCUCAAUUAACUGAUAGGCCACAAGAAGUCAUCACUUGGCUACUUCUACUGUGCUGUGGCGUAAUGUUUUAGUUCUAUUUAAUUGGGGAUCAAUAAACCGGGCUUCUUGACUUAUGUUACUGUUACUGUUACUGGUCAUGACAUGAAUGGUAUUUUAUGUGUAAUAAUCAAACAACCAAUACAAGCUUGAAUAAGCUUUAAGGUACAUUAAUGUUCAUGUGAAACUGUCUAUAAAUGACACAGUACAGCCAUUGAUGCUCUACAUUCUGCAAUUAGUUCUUAGGUUUGUUGUAUUACUUUAUAUUGAACGGUUCAUGGCUAUGUCUGAUUUGGUGGCGUAUACAGUAUUGAAAGUUAUCGCACUAAUCAUGUCUAAUCUAUCAUAAUGUUUUCAAAUAAGGUCUAAAGUGGUCUACAGACCACUGAAAGCGGUUUUACAACACUUGUCGCAUUCACCCAUUCACACACACAUUCAUGAGGCUGCCAUGCAAGUUGCUACCUGCUCAUCUGGAGCAGUUUGGGGUUCAGUAUCUUGCUCAAAGACACUUCGACAUGCAGCUGGGGGAGCCAGGGAUUCCAACCAGUCUGCUUACAAGAAUCUACCACUCUACCUUGAAUUAGCACUAGAAUUGUAAGAACUAGAAUGGCACUCAGCAGAGCACAUACCUCCAACAAGACCGAAC